AGUGCUUUUUCCGGGCCUAGCAAAACGAUAACAUUGCUGAAGUCUGAAAGACGAAAACGAGAACGUGUUAGUCGAAAAGAAAAUAAUUAUUGAAAUCUCUCAGAUGUUACAUUAACAAAUAUGUUGGAAGACCUCAAUAUCAGCGUCUGAAGACUGUUUAUGGCAUGUCCUUUGUUUACUAAACACACAUUAGCCAACUGAGCCCAGCGCUGAUUAGGUGUCCUCUGCACAUUGUAUGAGCAAGAUCAUUCACCAUGGAAACCGAAGCAGAGGUUAUUCCUAUUUGGCAGAACAAGCCUCAUGGGUCGACUCGCAGUGUGGUGAGGAGAAUAGGCUCUAUUGUACCCAUGAAACCACCGCCCAGGGCAUGUUUCCAGGAACUCCCAGGUCUCCCUCCUCUGCGGCCCAUGGAUGGCCCCACGGUGCCCACACUGGCAGACAUUGCCUGGAUCGCAGCAGAUGAGGAGUCUGAGAGCUAUGCCAGAGUGCGGAGCGAUUCACGCCCUCUUAGACAUGAGUGGCGACCCACGCCUCUCCUGGUUAUGCACAGGAACUCCUCUGUGCCCAACUUCCGCCGCGACGUCAAGAAGGUGGAGACGCUGAGGAAGCCUGCGGUGACGGCCAUGAACCGUACUACCUCCCUGCAGGAUGAACUGAGCAGACUCCGCUCCCAGAUCGCCAAGAUCGUAGCCACAGAAUCUGGCUCCAACCCCUUGACCCCCGACCUCCUGUCCCCCGACGACACCAGCAUGAGCUUUUCCAUGGCGCCCUUCGAGACGGCGCCCUACCAGCCCGCCGCCUCAGCCUCCUUCGUCAUCAGUGACGUGACGGAAGAGGAAGAGGAGGAGGAAGAUGAGGAGGAGGAUGUGGUGUCUGUGGUUUCGGAGCUUAUGCCGGACCCCAUGCCGCCCGCAAACAUGUCUGCCUCUAUGACGGCCUCGGCGACCUUUGACCUGGACCAUCCCAGCAUGGACUUCCGGGAGGCGGAGGAGGACACAGUGUCGCUGUCCAAGUCCACCAGCUUUGCUGAUGUCAUGGACAUCCUGAAGGACAUGAACCGCAUGAAGAUGAGCAAGGACAGGUGCAACAGAGGCUGCACCUCCCUGAUGGGCGAGUCGGACUCCGCCUCGCUGAUCUCCGAGGCCUUGAGGAAGAAGUUUACCCUGAAGGAUGAAGACAUCAGGGGGAUGAAGAAACACACCUAGAGCCCCCGUAGUCCUCCACCUCCCCACGCCUGUGCCUGACGACCCAGUCCCGUGGAGACCCGGCUGCACCUCAUCAACCGUGGCAACGGUUAAACCAGACGUCUGGAAAAACAAACCACCACCUCCCAGCAGGCCCAGUCAGUCUGAACCCAACCAAAUGUAAACCAUACCCUAGCUAUUCAAAAAUAUUGCCUAGUCAGACCAUGGUAGCAGCUGGCUGAUAGGCACUAUUAGAUGGGUGCUGUUUGACGUAGCACAGAGAAUUUUUGACCAACCUUAACUUGUCGAUUCUUCCUCAAUUCCAGACUUGGAAGACUACUAAUGUCUUCUAAAAGUCGAUGUCUAGUUUCAGGGGGUUUGAAUUUAGAAAAAUCUUAUUUAGUCUGCCACCCAUUAAUAAUGAUUAAAAAGAAAAGUCAAAAGGUUUGACAGCCGUACCAUAUAAAAUGCAAGUCAGUUGGGAACAGGUUUUUGAUGUCCCAAUACCUUGGCAUCGAGUCUAUGAACUGACAUAUAAAACAAUUAUUGACAUUAAUUUUAAUUUAAGCUAUUAUAAAAUACUUACUUCAAAAAGAAUGCUCAAUAUAUAUGGGCCAUUGGACAGUCAGCCUUGUGCACCCUCUGCCACGAGGAAAUAGAAUCAAUAGAACAGUCAGCCUUGUGCAGACUCUGCCACUAGGAAAUAGAAUCAAUAGAACAGUCAGCCUUGUGCAGACUCUGCCACUAGGAAAUAGAAUCAAUAGAACAGUCAGCCUUGUGCAGACUCUGCCACAAGGAAAUAGAAUCAAUAGAACAGUCAGCCUUGUGCACCUUCUGCCACGAGGAAAUAGAAUCAAUAGAACAGUCAGCCUUUUGCAGACUCUGCAACGAAGAAAUAGAAUCAAUAGAACAGUCAGCCUUGUGUAUACUCUGCCACGAGGAAACAGAAUACUGUCCAUCGGUGGCUCGCUUUGGAGUCAGGUCCAGGAAUGGUUAUGUCAUAUCAGGGUUCAGAUGGACAUGCCGACUAUUGUCAUGGCAUUGGAACAACCACGAUCAGUCAAUGGGGAAACAUCAUUGUAGUCUUGGGUAAAGUAUUUAUUUGCAGGGCAAUAUCGGUAGAAAUGUUACAAAUAGGGAGGUUCAGGAGCCUCGUAAGACAUCACAGUAAAAUGGAGGGAUGUAUUGCAGAAGGAAAUUGUUAUACUGUGAAAGAUGGGUUAAUCUGUGGACACCUUUAGGGUUGGCGUAAUACUGGGAAAGAUGGGUUAAUCUGGACACCUUUAGGGUUAGCGUAAAACUGGGAAAGAUGGGUUAAUCUGUGGACAUGGGAAGGUUGGUGUAAUACUGGGAAAGAUGGGUUAAUCUGUGGACACCGGAGGGUUGGCGUUAUACUGGGAAAGAUGGGUUAAUCUGUGGACAUGGGAAGGUUAGUGUAAUACUGGGAAAGAUGGGUUAAUCUGUGGACAUGGGAAGGUUAGUGUAAUACUGGGAAAGAUGGGUUAAUCUGUGGACACCGGAGGGUUGGCGUUAAGAUCGGGAAGAAAAUGUGAAUUGGCUGCUGUGGGUGAAAAUCGAGCACUUGAAGAAAGAGUAAAUUAGAAAUAUAAAUGUAUAGUUAUUUAAUGACCGGUACUGUAGAUGUGAGUGAAACAGCAGUAAAUAGCAGAAGUAUUGUAGUCUGUUUAUUCCAAUUAGAGUAGGGAAAUGAACAAAUAAGGAGAUUGGAAAUGAUGCAGACAAUUUCAUGGAUAGAACCUACAUUCUAUCUGCAAUAUUAAAGCUGAUCUACCUGCCCCCCCCACAAAAAAAAUGGAAUUAAUGUUUUGCUCCAUGAGGUAAUCCAACAAUGUGUACACCACCAUCGUGCUCAUCUUCUCUCAUUGAUUAAGUCAGGUGGGUGUCCACCCUGUAGUGCCACAUGUCAUGAUGAAACUCACUUGACUUUGAAAUAGUCAAGAUGGUGGCGUACAGAUUGUUGGAUUACUUCAUAGAUCAAAAAAUGUAUAACAGCAUAUUCUAAAUUAAAACGAACUCCCUGCAACUAGAUAUGGUUGUUUUAGAAUACAUUUGGUCUUCCAAGUCAGGAAUUGAGGAAGUCUCGCCAAGUAAACGUUGGUUAAAUUCUAUGUGCUAUGCCAAACAGUACCUAACCUGUAACGGCUGAUGGAGCAUCACAUUAGCCAUUACAAUAUGCUAGCUAAACCACACCACUCCUGUUAUUCAAUCAACAAUCUGUUUACACUCACUGUCUGCUCCCACACACCUCCCAAAAAGGUAGAGUCCUUAUCCCAUUGCUUCAGGAGCAACGUCAUGGCAACGUCAUUUUGUGGGCGCUGUAUAACAUGCCCUACAGAUUCACCUGCUUUGAUGGCUCUCGCUAAUCACCAGACUGACUCCAGUGCUGCCUAGUCAUCUUUUUAUGUACAGGCUGGGGUUUCUCUAGGAUAUCGUACCUGUUCUAGUACCACGAGAGAAACCAUUUCCCCCUUUUUUUGUUGUUGACAAGCUUAGACUUUCAACAGAAGAGUUGUGGAUGGAUGCAUUUGUUGGAGUGGGAUAGUUGUAAUUUUUUCUCAUUUUGUUUCUGUAUAGUCGUGAUAAUACAUACUUGAAGUUGUAUGUACAAAUAAGACUGAGGAGAGUAACAGAUUACUACAAAACACUUAAUACUCUGUUCAUUUACAGCUAAAAAUCUCAUGUUUUUCAGUGUUAUGGCUGCAUUAGAAAUACAAUAAUGACCUUGCGGUCAUAGUCAAUGUGUACAACAGGUUUAUUUAUUUGCAGUCUUCUUCAGGACCUACUCAUUAACCCAUUGCAUCAAUACGAGAACAUGUUAUUGCUGUCCUUGGGGUAAUGACUCAGAAUUUAGCUUGAUUGAUGGCCCUUUGGUAAACAUGAUACAGAUAAAUAAAUCCCAAUUAAAAUCAGUGGACGGCCAUGGCUAAAUAUGAAUGAUAUGUGUUUGAUGUGUCGUCUUCGGACUUGUGUGAUACAAGGAAAGCUUGGAAGACUUAUAAAUCUACGGUAAAAUGUGAAUGAAAGUUUUCUCUUGUGUGAUGUUGCGCUAUAGCUGCCUGUUAAGACACCAGAGAACAACUGUACAGUUUUUUUUAUGUAGAUACAAAAUGUCAGAUUUCCCUAUGGUGUAGAAUGCGUGGCUCUUGGGAAUGUGACAAUGUGCAUGUUUACCGUCACGAUACACUAAAAGAUAUGAGUAUGAGUGACUCUUGUGUCUUUUUGAAAAUGAUCUCCUGUUGACGCCUUAUAACAAAACCUAUUGCCUCUUCCAAUAUGGCAGUUGUUCUUUUUAUUUAUUGGUUGGUGUGCCGUAACUUUCCACUGUUUUUGUCUUUUUCCUCAGUUUGCCCCACCUCUUGAGCCCCUAAACUUUUACGCAACCACCCAUAGGCACAUUGUAUCUGUCCCAUUAUGGCGUCUGUGAGAGCACCGGCAGCGCCAUUGAGGCCAUCUCCAUUUUGAAGUAGUCAAUUUUGUCAUUCUCCUUCUAUGAGUUGGCAAACAAACUGAAAGGGUGCACACUGCCAUCUAGAGUGUGUUUGAACAGGUAUAAAGACUAGAUUCGGCUAUUUACUGCCACCUGCAGUUAUGGAAUGUUUUCUCACAAGUAUAAUUCAUUGGCUGAUCCCUCCUGGUGACCUGGAUUUAAUUAUGUGAUCCUUCCUUAAGCCAUAGGAAUCCCCACCCAGAUUACUACUUUAAAAUGCUGGGAGCCCUCAAUGGCAAUGUCCAUGAAAAAAUAGGUUUUCUACAUCUAGAGACCUCUCAUUCUCUUUGUCAACAACCACACUUUUGACAUUUGCAUACAUCAAGUGACUGACUUGACUGCUUUGGGAGCCAGUCAUGUGUCAUUUCUUCUCCUUUAUCAUGAAACUUCUCCCCCUUCACAGAAGAAAUGCUUCUCCACUCAUUUUGAGUUCUUAUCAUAUCAGGAUAAGAUAAUUAUAUUACUCUACUCUUUGUUGAGAUGUGUGAAUACCAACUUGCGUCUAGGCAGUGGAACUGUAGUUUAGUUUGCAGUGAAAGCGAGGUCCCACAAAGUUAUCUAUGGGGUGAGAUAAGGACACCCAGCUGUGUGUUAAGGUCUGUAUCUCGUCUGUUUUUUUUCUUCAGUGUCUGGCUCCUCUUAGGUCUUUUAACAAAUAUUCCCAUUUUAAGUGUGCAAAAUCGAGAGAAUCAAAGCUUUGAGCUGAGCAUUUCACAAAGUAUGCUUCAGAUGUAUUUUAUUUUUUAAGGUUUAGCAUUACUCAUGUGGUCAAGAGUCUGUCUUUACAGGCGUUUUGUGAACCCCAUAGGGAAUGGAACCAGAGCAGUUAUUACUAUUCUUGGUGCACCGGUGUUCCUAUUGAUAGAAAGGGAUCUUUACUGAGCAUUUCAAUCACCAGCUUUGUUUUUAUUCUGCUUUGCGCCAUUUUUGUUUUGGAUAACUAUUGACCAUGCCACAUAAUGGUCUCUGAUAAUAUGCCCGCCAUACUUGUCAGUUUUAUUCUGCCAAAUGGAAGAAAGAGCUCUUUGUCUGUCUUGUUUUGAAACGUAAAUAAAGAUGGGCUGAUGUUUUAAA